CAAUAGUUGAAUGGUCUCUUGUGUUUGAGAGACGACAACUGACACUAAUAAUCGAAAGGAUGAUAUACACGUGGUUCAUGUUCGAAUUUAUUAUAAUUAUGCCCCUAAAUUGAAGCUCUAGUCCGCUGGAGAAUAUACAGACUGAUAUCCGUCCAAGGACUGCCAUCGCAAAAAAUGGUCUUCUAUUAUUGAAAGCAAAACAUUAUUUUAACAGCAAAAACAGAAUUAAUUUACCAAUCAAAAGUCAACUAUUUCAAAAUAAGUACUACGUAUGCAUAUGUAUAUAUUUUUAUUUUAAAUGUUCACCGACUAUUGGUAAACCCUGUAUAUUUGCCAUAAUUCUAACAAAAACGAUGUGGAAAUCAUGUAAGUGGAUGUCUCUAUUCUUAUUUAUGUCAUCUCUCUAUGCCGUGGUAAAUGAUCCGUUAUUUAACUGACAUUCAAUGAAAAGAAAUAGAAAAACAAACGAAAUUUAAUUGCUACAAUUGGCACAGGUGAAAAAUGUCAGGUAUUAUUAUUUAUGGCCACGACAUCAGUCCAGCGGUACGCGCGUGCUUGUUAACGUUGAAAGCGCUCAAACUACAAUUUGAAUACAAACAUGUAGAUAUUUUGGCGGGUGAACAACUGACUGAUGACUUCAUCAAGCACAAUCCACAACACACGGUGCCCACGUUGAAUGAUAAUGGCAUCUGGCUGUGGGACUCGCAUGCAAUCUGCGCAUAUCUUGUUGACAAGUAUGGAAAGGAUGAUGCACUGUAUCCGCGAGAUUUGGUCUUACGCGCACGCGUCCAUCAGCGACUCUUCUUUGAUGCCAGCAUACUGUUCAUGUCGUUGCGUUUCAUCACGCGACCGAUGUUCAAGAAUAACGUGUCCAUUGUGCCGCGUGAAAAGACACUGGGCAUUAUCGAAGGUUAUACGUUGCUUGAGAAAUUCCUGACGAGCAGUUCCUACUUGGUAGGUGAUUGCUUGACCAUAGCGGACCUGUGUUGUGUUGCAACAGCCUCGUCGUUGGGAGGUGUGGUCGAAUUGGACACCAAAAAGUACCCCAAAUUGAGCGCUUGGAUGGAGCGCAUGAAGAAAUUACCAUAUUACGAGGAAGCAAACGGUUGGGGUUGUAAAAGGUAUCUGGACAUGCUUCAAACGCGUCUCACCGCAAUUGUGUCCUGAACAAAUACAUUUUGUUUUAUUUACUUAGCAAUAAUUUGGAAAUACAGUGCGAUUGUUAUGCUCAUAUUUGUAUGAAAAGUAAACUUAAGCCUUAUUUUUGUGUUAAGGAAACCGAA